AUGGCUGACAGAGGCGGGAAGAUUCUUCCAGGGCCGGUGUACAUCGAGGUGGAGUAUGAUUACGAGUACGAAGCGAAGGACAGAAAGAUUGUGAUAAAGCAAGGGGAGCGGUACCUCCUGGUGAAGAAGACCAAUGAUGACUGGUGGCAGGUCAAGCCAGACGAGAGUUCCAAAGCGUUCUACGUGCCGGCCCAGUACGUGAAGGAGGUGGGCCGCCGAGCCCUGAUGCCGCCAGUGAAGCAGGCCCCGGGGCUGCCAAACCACUCUGUGAAGACGGCGCAGAGUCUCCACCUCCAGCGGUCUUCGGAGAAUGUGAACAGGUUGCCCGAGCUGUCAAGCUUUGGAAAGACAUCCUCGUCUUCUGUUCAAGGAACAGGUCUUGUUCGUGAUGCCAAUCAGAAUUUUGGGCCCAGUUACCUUCCAGGUCAGACCGUCAGCCUCAGCCUGGACCUGACCCACAAUAAUGGAAAACUCAACAGUGACUCACAUUCUCCCAAAGUUUCUGGCCAGAAUAGGACACGCUUAUUUGGUCACUUUACCGGUCCUGAGUUCCUGGAGGUGGAGAAAGCUGGCUUCUCCCAGGAGCAGUCUUGUGACUCAGCGGGAGAAGGAUCGGAACGGAUCCAGCAGGAUUCGGAGUCCGGCGAUGAGCUAAGCAGCAGCUCCACUGAGCAGCUCAGGGCAAUGACACCUCCAAAUCAAGGGCGGCCUGAUUCUCCCGUCUACGCUAACCUGCAGGAACUGAAGAUAUCCCAGUCGGCUCUUCCCCCGCUCCCCGGAAGCCCAGCAAUUCAGAUUAAUGGAGAAUGGGAAACUCAUAAAGAUAGUUCAGGGCGUUGUUAUUACUAUAACAGAGGUACACAGGAAAGAACUUGGAAACCCCCUCGUUGGACUCGAGAUACGAACACAAGCAAAGGAGAUUCCCAGAGUCCAGGGGAUCAAGAGCUUCUUUCAUCAGAAGAAAACUACCACAGCAUUUGUCACAGCCAGUCAGAUAGUCAGUGUGGUUCUCCUCCAAGGGGUUGGUCAGAAGAGUUGGAUGAACGUGGGCAUACCUUAUAUACCAGUGACUAUACUAAUGAAAAGUGGCUCAAGCAUGUUGACGAUCAAGGUAGACAGUAUUACUACAGUGCAGAUGGAUCUCGCUCAGAGUGGGAGUUGCCAAAGUACAAUGCUUCGUCUCAGCAGCAAAGAGAAAUUAUUAAAAGUAGGAGUCUGGACAGGCGGCUGCAAGAACCAAUAGUAUUGUCAAAGUGGAGACAUAGCACCAUUGUGCUGGAUGCCAAUGACAAGGAAUCUCCAUCUGCCUCAAAACCCUGCUAUCCUGAACAUGAGUCUUCUCCCUCUUCACCAAAGCACCAAGAUACAGGUCAAGAGAAAUAUGGAUUAUUAAAUGUAACAAAAAUUACUGAAAAUGGAAAAAAGGUUCGAAAGAACUGGUUGUCUUCCUGGGCCGUUUUGCAGGGUUCAUCUUUACUCUUCACUAAAACCCAAGGAAGUAGCACAAGUUGGUUUGGGAGUAAUCAGUCCAAACCAGAGUUCACGGUGGACCUUAAGGGAGCGACCAUUGAGAUGGCUUCAAAGGAUAAAUCCAGCAAAAAGAAUGUAUUUGAGCUGAAAACCCGUCAAGGAACCGAAUUGCUGAUUCAGUCUGACAAUGACACUGUUAUCAAUGAUUGGUUUAAAGUUCUCAGUAGUACUAUCAGUAAUCAGACAGUAGAACCCGAUGAAGCAAUUGAAGAGGAGAUACCAGAUUCACCAGGAAUAGAAAAGCACGAUAAAGAAAAGGACCAGAAGGAGCCAAAGAAAUUGCGUUCCACAAAAGUAUCUAGCAUAGAUUCUUCAGAACAGAAAAAAACCAAGAAAAACUUGAAGAAGUUUCUUACACGACGCCCCACUUUGCAAGCUGUUCGUGAAAAAGGUUAUAUUAAAGAUCAGGUAUUUGGAGCCAAUCUUUCUAAUCUGUGUCAGAGAGAGAAUAGCACCGUGCCAAAAUUUGUGAAAUUAUGCAUUGAGCAUGUCGAGCAAUAUGGGCUGGAUGUUGAUGGGAUUUACAGAGUUAGUGGCAACCUUGCAGUGAUCCAGAAGCUGAGGUUUGCAGUCAAUCACGAUGAGAAAUUGGACUUGAAGGAUAGUAAAUGGGAAGAUAUUCAUGUCAUCACUGGAGCCCUCAAAAUGUUUUUUCGAGAAUUACCGGAACCUCUCUUUACAUUUAAUCAUUUUAAUGAUUUUGUUAAUGCAAUUAAACAAGAACCACGACAGCGUGUCUCUGCUGUGAAGGACCUGAUCAAACAGUUGCCAAAGCCAAAUCAGGACACAAUGCAGAUUCUGUUCAGACAUCUCAAAAGAGUUAUAGAAAAUGGAGAAAAAAACCGAAUGACGUAUCAGAGCAUAGCGAUUGUUUUUGGUCCCACUCUGCUCAAGCCAGAGAAGGAAACUGGUAACAUAGCGGUCCAUACCGUCUACCAGAAUCAGAUCGUAGAAUUAAUUCUUCUCGAGAUAAAUUCCAUCUUUGGACGCUGA